UGGAAAACGGUAUAUUUAUCGUAUCACACAUAAUACUUUCGCCAUUAUACAAAUACGCAGAUACGGUACACCCGACAGUCUAUAAAGCCCCGACUAGUGGAAUACUUUAUUUCGAGCUUAUCAGCAAACACAUAUAGGUCUAAGCUUGAAGCAACAUCUUUCCACAGUAACUCGUAAUCAGUCGGUUAGACAUAGCGAAGCUCCAACAUCCAUAAAUCCGAUUACUUGAAACAAUGCCGAGGCUGUCGUUCACCUUUCGCGGAUUUGUUGCUCCGGUACUAACGCCAUUCUUUGACGACAGUACAAGAAGCUUGAACCUUUCAUUCAUACCCCAGUAUGCGAAAUAUCUUGCAGAUCGCGGAAUAACAGGAGUACUGGUUAAUGGAACGAGUGGUGAAGGACCAUUAUUGAAUGUUGAGGAAAGGAAAGCCAUAGCCGAAGCAUGGGUUCGUGCCUCCAAGGCCACAAACCUGCACUUGAUGCUCCAGAUUGGAGGAGCUCCAUUACCAGAUGUGAUUGAAUUGGCAAAACAUGGUGAAAGUAUUGGCGUUGAUUCUCUUCUCACCCUUCCAGAACUGUACUUCAAACCUACAACUCCAGAACAGUUGAUAGCCUAUUUGGAGGAUAUAGGUGAAGCAGCACCCAAAACGCCGCUGCUUUACUAUAACUAUCCGUUGGCAUCGGGCGUUAAUAUUAACAUGGCUCAAUUCGUGCAGUCCAUUGGUGAUAGGCUUCCAACUUUUGUUGGUAUGAAGUUCACUAGCACAAACCUUGAAGAAGCAAUGCAUGUAGUUCACACGAACAAUAAAGAAUUUGCUCUCUUUCUCGGCAAUGAUCAGUUAAUGGCUGGUGCUUUUACCUUGGGGAUAGACUCUGUCAUGGCCACAACAUUGAAUAUGUAUCCUGAUCUGGCGAUUGACAUGUUGGAAGCCACUAAAGCAGGGGAGGUCCAAAAAGCUCGAGAAUUGCAAGAAAAGCUUACAAAGUUUGUGGUCGCAGUUUCGAAAUAUGGCAGCUGGGUGGCGACGAUGAAAGUUGCAAUGGCACUUCUAACUGAAUUUGACUGUGGGCCUCCAAGAGCUCCAUUGACCCCUCUGCCUAAAGCGAGUGUUUCCUCAAUGAAAGCGGAUCUCAGGGCUUUGGGCUGCAAACUUUUGGAAUGAAUAAAAUUUGUAGCAAAAGCCUGUGAUCUCCUCUCCAUCGGUUGAGGUUUCUAACGAUCAUGAUCUCAUAUUCACAACGUACUCGAGUUAGAUUCUAUGCGAUUCUACAACUUGCAUGGUUUUUGGUUCGUGAGAUUAAAGUUUCUAUAUGACUUA